AUGCCUACCACUGUGUCUUCCCGUCAGCUUCCCUAUGCUGACCACCUCCGUGGCGCCCAGUAUAUUGAGGACUGUCCUCCUCAGGACUACUGGUACUCAGAACAAGCCACCAACAUGAACUUCGGCAGCAGCAACCCCUACCGCUGCAACUCUCCAGAGUCGCUCUGCCGCCGACCCAGUACCGAUUCGCUCCGCUCGGUACCUUCCAUCGAUUUCUCGGGCACACUGGAACACCACCCAGUGUACCCAAAGACAAGUUGGGCGAGUAGUCGUCCUCGUCCCCGCCCCAGGAGCUACCCAGAAACUCAAAGGUACUCCCCCGAUUCUGGCCUGGUCAAUCCGGAUGUCAUCGACCGGAUGGACAACGUGGGCGACCUCAUGUAUCACCAUGAGGGCCCUUACGAUGCCGUGUGCAGAGAGCGGAAUCGCAAGAACCAGAUGAGCCCGCUGGAGGCUGUCAGCCGAUCGAACGAGGAGGCCCUCAGAGCUACCCCUCGCGAGCGGAUCGUCGACAGUGUCCGCAACAACCGGCCCCUGGAUGGCACCGCUUUCUACCCACCGGGUAUUACGGACAACGGUGGGAACACGUACGACUACGAAGAGGGAGCCAAUAUGAUGAGUGACUUCGGGAAUUUCAUGCGCGAUCCUGGAUUUAAAUUCCGAGACGAGGACUUCAAAAACGACCGGUUCUACACGGAUCCGCCGCCCAAGCCUUACAUUUUCGUGGCCAAGGUGCUCAAGCGCUGUGGAUUCAAACGCAUCCCCGUCUAG